AUGGGAACGGACAGUGAGAAACCGCCGGCGGCGAAAACCAGCGCCGAAGAGAUAGGCACUAACACCGCCGGCAUGGAGGGCCUGCAGGAGCUCACCAAGUGGGAGAAAUUUUGUAUGCGCCAUGGAAUCAAUCCGAAUUUGAUCAUGUUGAAAAUUACGCUGUUUGUGAUGUAUGGAGCCACGUCGUCACUAUUGCCCUAUCUGACGAUCCACAUGCAGAGCACUGGCCUUACGGUGGAGGAAAUUGCAAUCAUCUACCUGGCGUUGCCCUUUACCACCUUUCUCAGUCCGCCGAUCACAGGCUUCCUGGUAGACAAGUUUGGUCGCUACAAGCCGGUUGUUAUUAUGAGUCUGCUGUUAAAUGCUUUAUUUCACCAUUCGUUGAUGUUGAUUCCACAGCAGGAAAUACCGGGCAAGCUGCCGGAAGCUUACGUGAUGAGGCACCCGGAGACAGGAAACGUGGAGGUUUGGUGGUCGCCUUGCCCGAGCCGUGAGUGUCCAGAAGAGGAGGAAAUUGAUAUUGUGGUUGAUCAGUGUCUGGAUCAUUGUUUGCUGCUGGAGCAGAAUCCCAAAAUCGAAGUAGUACCACCGCCAACCUUCGCUCCCAUACUGCCGCCGGUUGACGUGGGCGAUAAGGAUGAUCUGGCAUUGGUUAUCAACAAGAAAAUCAGCCGGAAGAACAAAACGGCCGACGUACUUAGUAGUUCAACUAUCAGUCCAAGCACCACGGAACCGUAUCUCGAUAGACAAAUAUUGAUACAUGAGCCCGACUCGGACGAAAGCGAGGAAAGCUGGGUCAUUGCGGGAAGCGGUGAUUCAGCGUUCUUCGUUCUAGACAUGCAUCCCGAUCUGGGAGAACCGAUAGAGCAGCUCGGUAUGGAGAUUGAACACGAUGACAACGAGACGGUGACGGACUUCAAGACUCGAUUCGGUGUGAAGUUGCUCUGGAAGCAGGGAGUUAACGUAACAGCUUUGGAAGAGGAAGAUCUUCGCUGCGGCGGUUUAGUGCUUUCGUCGAACAUGACACUGAACAGUAAUCAGCGGCUCAGCGAGUUGGCAGCGGAUUGCAUGGUUCAGCGGUGUCACUUCCGCAAAAAUGGACCGGAAAUUUGUCCACCAGAUUUUAAGGAAAGCGAUGACAAGGUGUUUUGGAUUUACUUCGGCUUGCGCUUCUUAGCAACGACGAUGCUUUCCGCUGGUGUAACCAUUAUGGAUCCAAUAGCGCUUACGAUGAUUGAGAAAUACGGCGGAGACUUCGGGCGUGAACGUCUGUUUUCCAGCAUUGGAAUGGCCAUUUUUUCACCCAUUACUGGUUUCAUGAUCGAUUUCUUCUCUAAAGAUUUAGGCUAUACGGAUUACUCGGCAGCUUUCUACACCUAUGAUCUGUUGUUGAUCAUAUCUUCGAUAACUGUAUUCUUGAUGCCUUUGGGGGAGAAACUUCCUGCAGAUAAUGUGUUCAAAGAUUUGCUGAACUUACUCAAGCUAAAGCAUGUUAUAAUUUUCAUUUGGUUCCUGUUUCUGUUGGGAAAUUUCUGGGGCUUCAUCGAGAGUUUUCUGUUUCUGUAUUUGAAAGAGUUGGGAGCCCCCAACUAUCUGUUAGGAAUAACUAUCACUGUUGGAACAGUCAGCAGUAUUCCAUUUUUGUAUGGUGCAGGACGCAUUACCAAGAUAGUUGGACAUGUCAAUCUGAUUGUGAUUGCUUUUGUUGCACAUGCCUGUCGAUUGGUGGGAUAUUCUUUGAUUGAAAAUGCGUGGUGGUGCUUCCCAUUCGAAGCCAUGGAAGCUUUGUCCUGUCAUCUUAUGUGGGUUGCCGCUGCUACUUAUUGUGCAUUACUGGCACCAAAAAAUCUUCUUGCAACCUUGAUUGGAGUCCUUGGUAUGGCACAUUUCAGUUUGGGACGUGGUAGCGGAUCAUUUUUCGGUGGUUUUCUGAUCGGAGAGGUUGGCACCAGAGACGCUUUCCGUUAUAUGGGUCUUGUGGCGGUGGCUGGCGGUCUUGCUUACAAAUUCAUUCACGCAAUUUGGUUGAGAAAAUAUGAUAAUCCAGAUGCCGAUGAGGACGCUGCCGAAAACGGCGAAGCGGACAAACUAACUGACACCAAGGACAGCGACGAGCCGAAAACCAAAGACCAGGGAACGUCAAUGUCACAGGAACGUCUUUCCCUUAUGAUCAAGUACAAUCAAAUCGGUUCACUAACAUCACUGCCUCGAGGCUCUCGGGGGGACGUUAAUGACUCACUGUCGAGAAGACGCAGCAGCUAUAACAUCGAGUUCGUUCGAGUGCCUAAAGGUGGAGGAAGUGCUUCAAAGGUUGACCUACUGAAAUCAGCUCUGGAAAUUAACCACAAAGUAUCGCAACCGCAUCUCCGGAAAGAGGGCAAAGCUUCGGAUCAAUCGCUAAAUUCCAAACGGGCUGACAGUGCACCAAGAUUGAACCCCUCGAAGAAUAUUUCCCAGCCGGCGCUCGGUGCCGUGGUCGACGAGGUAAGCAUGAAAGCAGGCGCUCCGUUCGUACUAAGUCGACAUAGGAAAAAGCAUCAUCAAAGUGGUAUACUGGUUAUCAAGGUUACUAAUCAGGAUGGUGAAGUUGAUCUAAGGAACUUCCUGCGGGAAACGGAUCGCCGCGAUUCUAUUACCGAGGCGGAUCUGGACCAACUGAAAGCGGAGUUAUCGGCCCAGGCGCGUACUCAUGUGCUGAACGACAUUCCGGAGCGUCCAGUAGAUCCAAGCGACUUAGUCGGAUUCGGAUCACAGGCAACAGGCGCGGCUCCGCAGGCCAGUAUAACAAACAACGAGUCCAGCUCAAAUGAAACUUGA